GGGUGUUGAGCCAGGCAGUUGUCAUGUCUGAACCAUGGUACCUGCCGCGACGCGGACUCACUGCGUCUCUUUAACUCUUCAACGUUUCAGUAUCGUACGCACCGUAACACCGUAACACCGUAACACCGGCUGUUCGACAUGGUAAAUUCAAAUCCCUCACUCGGCACUUCUUUCAAGAAAUUCGCAGCACCAUGGCAUCCUGGACAAAAGCCCAACUCGCCCUCCGCAAUGCCCACAUCUCCAGAUUCUACACCCCCUACUUCGGACAUCUGGUCCCUGGCACCCCGCAGUACAAUGAACUCGCUCGAAGUGGAUUAGUUUGGGACAAAAUCUACAAGCUUCGGGAUCUUGCGCCCUGGAAAGCAGCUGAACAUAAAUUGUCACCACAGCUGAAAGAAAUUGAUCUAAUCCGCCAGGAUCGCAACUUGAGAAUGCGGACCAAGUUUCCUCAGCUAGCGCAAGAUUCUUUUCCCACCCUUGGUCUCAACUACGCCGACUUUGCCUCCAAAAGCUGUGAAGUUGAACACAAUCAUCUCACAGACUCCGAUGCAUCGAACAUGCAACAGCUACUUCCAACGAUUCCCCUCGAUGGGAGUCCUAUAUUAGCCGCACUUCGCAUGAAACUCCCUUCUGCUGAGAGUCUGGCAGCAUCACUUCAAAUUCCUUCUAGUAGAUGUCAAGACAUACUGGAACUCUGGAACCAGUUGAUCGCGCUCCAAGCGGUUUUGUCCCCAAAACACUUCGGCCGAGUCGAGACAAAUCAAUCUUUGCUCGAAGAUGUCAAAAUCCUAUCUCAGCUGUUGCUUCGAGACACUACACUUGACAAAGCUGGACUGUCAUCCGGAAAGUAUCGCUCAGCACCAAUUCAAGUCAAGUCGGAUCUGUACGCCAUUUUCCCUUACCCAGCGGAAGUCCCGGCAAACAUGCAGUUCUGGAGUGAAUGGAGCACGAAAUGCAACGACGAUCAACUUGUUCAUCCUCUCUUAAAGGCCAUUUGGAUGAUGCUCUACUUUGUCAGUGUGCAUCCGUUCCAAGAUGGUAAUGGAAGGCUUUCUCGCACGAUCAUGGCAGCACGUAUGGCUAGGAACGGGUUUGCCCCGGUCAUUUGCUCCCCGGAACUGGAACGGGCUGAGUACAUUGCCAUGAUCCAAGCUGCACAUGUUGGAAAUCCCGAAGCGCUUUGUAAGGAGGUCGUAUACUCUGAGCUUGCAAGAUUACUAUGA